ACUCCUUUAUCCCAUCGGAUAUUCAUAGAUCCGAUGUCACUAAUGGAUUCGAAUAGAUCUAAUUUUGUUUCUGGAUUUAAUACGGUUAUUCCAUAUCCAGUGAAUGAUGAUAAUUCACAUUCGAGUGCAGUUAAUAAUGACCAUAUGGGUGGAGCAUAA